UAGACGUGGCCUCUGACGCUGCUGUCCGUAGGAACGAUGCGUCAACGCGGCCGCCAUCUUGGCCGGGGUAAGCCGCGUCUUCUUACUGCAUCAGUCAGAGUCAGAGAUCUAUCAACGAUUAAAAUCACCACAACUCGCUGAAUUUCCAUACGGUUUUCAAUCGGCUUGGUUUAUUAGAUAAGUCACACAUAUUUAUAAUACAACAGAUCAUUAUUAUUAUUAUUAUUAUUUUAUAUCAUACACUUACACAUACUCAGACACACUCACAUGGAUACAGAUUUUUUUUUCUACAAUACUAAGAGAAAUAAUGGUGAUGCUCAUAUAUGGAGUUAUAUUUAUAAUAUGAAUAAUAUAAAAUAUAAAUAAACAAAAACGUAAAGGAAUGAGUUAUAAAAAACAAAAGAAAAACAAAAACAAACACUCAUUCAAAAAAAAGAGGAUUGCCUAAAUUAAACAUUUACCAAAAUAAGCCCAAAAUGAAAUACCUCAGUUAAAGUUGGAUCUGUUCUUCUUGUCAUUUUCAACCUAAAUUUACCUCUGAUGUGACCAACAAGUAAUGAACCUGAUAAGGUACCAAAGAACACAUCACCAACAUAAAACACACGUUUUUUAACACAACGUCAAAGAAAAAAAAAUAAACAGAGAAUUCAAGACCAGAGAAAUUUGUACGAGUACCGAAGGGUUCAUUUAAAAGGAAGCAUUUCUAAUAGUGUGUUUUAUUAUCAUUUAGAGCAGGGGUAAUCAAACUUUUUUUCCUGGGGGCCACAUUAUGGUUCCGGAUGAUGAUGGGGGGCCAGUCCCACCUCAGCUGUAACGUAAAAUUGUAUGACCCAGACCAGAAUGACCACCAGCAGGCCAAUGGGAUCAUUAUUAUUUUAAAAUGCUGGAAAUUAGACCAUAAUUUCUACCAAAGAUCCUCAAUGGAUGCAGUUCCAGAACCACUGAAGGAAUCAAGUAUUGAUGACUAGUGGCGAUGUCUGUGGCUCAUUCUGGAGUAGAUUGCAGUGGUUUGAUGUUUAUUGGUUUAUCUUUACUGGUGUUUUCUAAAAGUAGUAAUUGAGGUCUUCACACUUUGUUUUGAUUUGAAAUACCACAGAUAUUCCAUUUAUUUACUUUCUAAUAAGAAUAACAUCAAAGCUGUCAAAAUAAGAAACAUCUGCCUAGUCGAGGUGAUUGACAAUGGCAAAAGUGAAAAAGUACAAAGUAUAUUGUAGGUAGGCCUGUUGAAAUUAACAAACAAUAAUUUUGCGCAGCAUUUAAUAAAGGUCAAACAAAUAGGCCUAUUAAAGGCAGAAUCUGUAGGAUUUUCAAUAUAAAUUCAUGUAAAAAAUAACAAAUACCAUAAUUAGAAAGUUUAAAAACAUGUCAUUUGCCAUCAUUUCAUAUGUGAUAUUUUAUGAAAUUACAAAGUUAUUGGUUCUUUUUAAACUUUUUACGGUCCGUAAAAGUUGUAGUACCUUUUUUCCACCAGUAGAGUGAGUAUAAGACAAUUUAUAGCAGAGCAGCUCGAAUAUACAGCUCAGAAGCGAUUCCUACAUUAGUUGAGAGAAAGGGAAGAAGAGGUGGAGCUUCGCACAGUGGCAGUGUUUCGACUGAAUUGCCUCACCAAUCUUCACGUGAAUUUGUGAGAGCAGAGCUUCCAGAGAAGUUUAGACAAAUCGACCUUGGCUUGUCUAUUUGAUAUAAAGCAUGGAUGAAACCACUUCAAAGCGACCAAUAUCACCGCCAGAGUUAGCUUCUGGUAAGAAGAAAAAAGUACGCUACGAGUCACAGAAGCUGUAUGACCAGAAGCGUGGGAAAACUAGAAUAAAUAUCGGCGUCGCCUUCACGCGCUGGAGACAGCUUCGUAACAACAAAGGACUGAAGUCUGAUGCAGAGUUGGCAACAUUUCUUCUCGACCGGUAAGUAUGAACUUUCACACAGUUAGCAGUUAGCUGUAACCAAGAGGUCGUAAUUAAAAUGGUUCGAUGCUAAGUUUUAUGGUUAAUGGGUCCUCCUCGGUUGUAUAGCCUGCUGUUACGUUGUUCUGUGAGUACAAACGUUAUAUUGUCCCUCAACUUGUAGAUAAACGGUGAUAUGACCAUUAGCCGCCGUGUUAGGCGUUGUCAUGACUACAAAGGUAGUUCUCCUACAACGAAGAAAGACGAUGACAUGUAACAAUGUGCGACCAUGGACCAACAAUUUAUUGUGUGCGACUGUCUGUAUAUUCAUUUUUUUUAUUAUUGCCUCCUUACCCAAACUCAGAGUAUAAAAACACAUUGAUAAAAAGUCAAGAGAAGCGGGGAGGGGGAGGGGGUCUUACAGCCGGCACGUUAGACAUCUCAUAUGGCGAAGAACGACACAGACCAGAAGCAAGGAAACAGAAACUGAUUGUAAAACAUGGUAUAUGUUGGACUUAAUCCAUGUAUUUUCUUCAUUAAUGUAAUAUUCUUUUAAUAUGUUAGAAAAAAAUUAAGCAGAAAAUCUGGAUAAGAGGUGAAGAUGUUUGUACUGCUGCUGUCCCCGGUCUGUGUCACGUGACCUGCACUGGCCGCGAACAGGUCUCUCGCAGAAGUUCAGCAGUGGCUAACCGGUUUGAUAAAAGCAUGAAUACAUCCAACACCACGCAGGUCUGGAAUAAAUGUAAUAAAACCCACAAAUAAGAAACCUGGAUCUAUUUUAAGCUGUAAUACAACUCAGAAAUUAUUACAAUGACGGCAAAUUCCGCUAGUGCACUUUCGCGUGAUGGACAUGAUGUUCUCUACUAACACUGGAACUGCUCCUUGAUGGCCCGCUACUGUUUCAAUAUUCCUAGGAGAGCGUAAAAAACGUUUUGGCUGGUUGAAGUGUUUUCCGACGCGCUCUCUAUCAGCUGACGGAAGUGUGGUCAUCUGUGUGUGCGCGUAUCAUGCGUGUGGCAUCAGGGUGGAACUUGGAGCGACAGAGCGCAUAUAUCACAUGCCGUCAAUGUUUUGAUCAUAACACAGUGUCUGUGUUUUAUUAUCAAAAGACUUUUUUUCACUGUAUGAACACACAUCCUUUUCCUUCUCUGGAUACAUCCUGAGUAAAGUUUGGUUUGGUCUGUGUAUCUCACUUUCCUAAAUGCUUAGUGCAAAGCGUCACACGUGAGGUCACAGGCUCAGCAGGUAUGUCCUAGCUACAUUCAUACUGCGCGUCUUGACACUCACAUCUACUUAUGGCAGAAAUGAGAUUUGCUUGCUUGGUUGUUCACAUUUUCUGUUAUUUCAAAACGGAAUUGACAUUGAGACAUCUGCUAACUUGCACUAUUAUUUACAGUAUGUCACUUUUUUGUGAAGUGCAGAAACAUUCUAUCUACUUUAGUCAGUCAUUUCUGUUUCCUUUUUUUUUAUAAGAUUUGAAAAAGGUCCUCAAACAUCAACGCCAAUGAAGAGAGGUGUUUGGCACGCAGACACCAUAUCAAGCAUUGCAUCAAGUGAUACAGACGAGCAAGGAGACAAGGCAACAUCGGAACUUGCUGAAGCAGACACAACAAAGCCUCAUGGAUUGGCUGAACUUGAAUGGAGCCUAACUGAGAUGAGCAUUGAUGAUGAACAACAUGUUGAUGAAGGAGCCAUCAAUGAUCUGAGAAAUAGCGUAAUUGACUGGGCUGGUGACGCUCCCCUUGAAAGGCCUAUACAAACGGAGGAAAUGGACAUCGGAGAUGAAGAGGAUAUGCCCUCACUUUCUAUCAAAUUCGGAGGCGCUUUGAAUCAGGUUCCAUCCCUCGACAAACUUCCAGUAAUUGGUUUGGAUGAGACGGUGCAUGACUUGAUCCCAGAACUGGAUCCUGUUCCAGAGACGUGCACAUACAGUGACUCGGCAUGUGAUCUCAGGCUCCCCCAAGUAAAGACGGCAGAACAUAUUGUAGGAGCUAAAGCGUCCAUCAUUUAUGAGGAAUGCUUGAGGCACCUGGCUUCUUUUGUAACUUUGCCAGUUCAAAAGUGUGCCAAAUUGAAAGAGACGGGUGAAGUAUGUCAGCAGUGCCCACCAUACAGAGUCCACAUCAAAGAGAGAGGCACAGCAAGUGUUUUAGAAUGGAUCUGUGCUGAUGGACAUCUUGUGUGGCAAUGGGUUUCACAGCCUGUAAUGAAAUUUGGGAUGCAGGCUGGUGACUUCAUGCUUUCAACAAACAUCUUGUUGUCUGGAAACAAUUACAACAAAGUAGCACUACUCUUCAAGUUCAUGAACAUGGGAAUGGUUGGAAGAGGAACAUUCUUUUCCAUCCAAGACACAUACUGUGUCGACACAGUUAAAAGUUACUGGAUGCAGAAAAGGGCUGAAGCCAUAGCUAAACUGCAGAGAAAAGAUGUUGUGGUCCUUGCUGACGGGAGGAAUGACACUCCAGGACAUUGUGCACAAUACUGCAGUUACACUGCAAUGGAGAAUGAUACACGGGAGAUCAUCAGUGUUGUAACUGUAGAUAAGAGACAGACCGACAGAAGAUCAACUGUUAUGGAAAAGGAGGCCUUCAUUCGAACAGUUGAUCAGCUUAUGGCUGAGGUGAAGCUGGUGGAAAUCUGUACAGAUGCCCACUCACAGAUUAGUGCUGUCAUGGAUCCUGAAAAGGGGAGGUAUAAGGGACAUGGAAUAAAUCACAGUCUUGACAUGUGGCAUGGAGCUAAAAACCUGGCCAAAAAAAUCGCUGCAGCUGCCAAGAUAAAGGAACAGUCGGCUCUACUACUAUGGCUAAAGGACAUUGUAAAUCACUUUUGGUGGUGUUGCAAAAAAGCAGAAAACUUUGAAGAGUUCUUGAUACUGUGGGUUGGAAUAAUCCACCACGUAUGCAAUGAGCAUGAGUGGGCAACUGGCCAGUGUCAACAUGGUCCAAUUGAGGAAGCCCAAAAGGAGUGGAUAGAGAAAGAUUCAAAGGUUCAUGAGGCGCUUGUGGAUAUUGUUCUGAAGAAGCGGUGGCUGAAGGAUAUCCAUAAGUACUUGCGUUUUAGAUCUACAGCUGACUUGGAGAGUUUUCACAACCACGUCCUCAUGUAUGCAAGCAAGCGUUUUGCUUUCACUCCUCCAGUCUAUGAAGCCCGUGUUAUUCUGGCUGCCCUGGACUACAACUUCCAUCUUGGUCGGCCAACAAGACAGAGAGCAGAUGGCUCCAACAUGUACACACGGAUUUUCAGAAAAAAUGCAAAACGUUAUAGCGUUUAUGCAUUGAAGACACCAAAAACAUAUGGCUACAUUCAAGCGCUGCAGACUGAGGUGGUGAAGUGUAGAUUGGAAGCAGAUAAAGGCAUGCCAAGAACACGGACACUGAGGCCAGAUGAUCCACGCAAGCUCGGUCGACUUCCACCUGUACCUCCCCCAUCCGUUGAAGAACUUGUACAAACACAAGUGAAAAGGGGCCUCGGUCCAGAAUUCAACACCAAUCCUCCUUCUGUAUAAGGAUGUUUCAGACCUACGAUGACGACCAACACAGAGUAGAAAGCAGUCUGCAGAUGCAGAAUCUACAUCAUAGCAGAUACUGACGAGCUCCUGCUCCAUUCCUCCUCUCUGAUGAACAAGACUCGGAGUCCCACACUUGAUUCAGGACCUCAUCUGCCAACCCAGAGGAAGUAUUCCAGCCUUUUCCCUCCGAGGACCAUGCUCUCACGUGUGGAGAUGAUUCUCAUCCCAGCAACUCCACACUAGACUGAUCUGCUCCAGUGACAGCAGAAGUUCAUGGCCAAGGUCUCCAAAAAGCAAACAUCUGAUGCUUAGGUCACAAAAUCUGCCCCCUCAUCCCCAUUACUGCAUCUAAUAAUUAUUUCCAUAACUGUAAUGAACAAAAAAAGUGGAUGUGUAUUCAGUCAGUGGUGUUUGCCACAGAUAAAACAUCGUCAAGAAGGAUUGAAUAUCUGUUGUGCAAUCAAAAUUUCACAUCCUUUGUAUGGAUAUGUGGCUUUUUUUUUGUAGAUAGGCUUUGGUCUAUGGGGUUUUUGUUGUGUAUAUACUGUGUAUUGCUGCUGUUGCAUCAGUUAUAUUUAUCUAUUUUUUGCAGUUAAAUUGUAAUAAACAUUUGUCUUGUUCCUUUGCAGUCACAUCCCACUGUACAACUAUUUAUAUUAUUACGUGAUUGAAAUAACGAGGUAAAACAUGUAAAUCUGAGUUUA